UGGAAGGACCCGUCCCUUUGGCGGCACGGAGAGUGGUGGGAGUGCCCAGAGCGCUGUGCCCGCAGCCCGCCUGACUCGCAGCUUCUCCUCGGCGGCGUCGCCAUGUCCGUCAGCGAGAUGUUCAUCGCUUUGCAAGGGGUGCUCACGGCCGACCAGGAUAUCCGCGAGGUAAGAGAGGGUCGCGCCGGUGCGAGGACCACGGACGCUUCGCCAGAGCUCGAAAGGGGGAUCCCUUUCCUGCCCACCCCUUUCGCCGCUCCUCGGAUCACGGGGACUAGAGCCUUGCUUUUCCUACCUUCCAAACCGCGGGAGCCAACCUUUUAACAACUGCAUGCCUGAAACAUGGGACCCAUUUCUAUCACGUAAACCCAAACCCGCCCUAUAACGGCUCAGGAGAGGGAAAUUUAGUUGUUGCUGCUUGUUACGCUAAGUGUGAGAGAAAUCGCAUCGGCUGAAAUUUUCCGUCCUGCACCACCACCGUUAAAGAUCUUGUUUUCCUUUGCGCCUAUUCUUUGUCAAAGCUGAACAAAGAAACAACAACAACCACCAGUGAUGAUUGCAAGCACUUCCACCCAUCUUGAGUCAAGGUGUGAUCCACUACGGGAUACUGACCCAUCACAAGUAGCAGUAUGAUGAACAGAAUCAUAGUAACAACCUAAUUGCCUCAUAGAUAACCAUUAGUUAGCUAAGUAGUGCAGACCCCGUUUUUCAAAAACCAAGCUAUGGACCCACUACUUUUAAAAAGUUUGAUAUCUCUAUGGUAGUUUUUGUUACAUGAAUGGUGCCAUAGAUCUCCCAGGUGGAUUACUGGGACUCCCUGGGGUCCAUGGACCCCCCAAUUAGGAACCAGAGGUCUAGAAAUUUACUAGAGAGAAAGACGGCCAAAAUUGAACAGCAGCUUUGUGUUAACACAUUGCAUAUUUUUCUGUACCAUCAUGUUCUGAGUAUUUUAUUGUUGUUUACAGGAGAUCAGGAAAGUUGUUCAAAUUCUGGAGCAAACAGCCCGGGAAAUUCUUACAGUGCUACAAGGAGUCCACCAGGGGUCUGGAUUUCAGGACAGUAGGUCAUUCUUUGUUUGCCUAUUGGGAAAAAAAGGUCACAAACAUGUUUACAUGCAUAAAGGAUGGUUACAGAAGAUGAGGAUAAAAGAUGCCACUCAGUAACGUAAAAGUGAAAUGGUUAUGUGUUUUGUGAAAAACAUUUUUCUACUCCAGUUUCUUUGUGAAUUGGAAAUGCAGGAAAGUGAAUCACGUACAAUAGAUUAUAACACUAAAUUUGACUGUUUCAUUAUUGGGCACUUAACUAGUAAACAAAGACUCAUUCAGCUGUGAAAUCUUAAAACAAGUCUGGUUUCUAUAUCGUAUCAGACAGGGCAGGGCAGCUUGUAGGUUCUACUCUGCUUGAGCAGAGCCUGGUGCAAAAGACAUAUGAUUAGGAUGAAAGAAUUCAGAGCCUGGAAUUUUUUUAAAGGCCAGAACUGAGCAAAGCACACAGUCUUUCCACACAAUAAUCCACUCCCUCCCCAUUUCAGCAGUACAAUUUAGUGGGUCAUUUUGUUGUUGCAAGUGUUAAACACAUCUGAGCAAGAAAUCCUUGCUGAUCUGCUUCAGAUAACCCAGAGAAUUACUAUUCAGUCACAAUUUACCUUCUGUUCACUCCAGGUGUGGGGAGCCUAAACAAGUAGAAGCAGGCUUCCUGCUUCAAACUGCCACCCUCCAAUUCAUGGGGAUUGGGGGUGGGCAGUGCUAGCACAUUUGCUUCCACACCUCUACUCAUCUGACAGCUUACCCAGUUGCAGGAAUGAAUCUCCCAGUAGAGCAGAGCGGCUGCAAUAACAUUCCCACAGCAGAGUCACUGCCAUUUACUUCGAGGGUGGGAAGGGGUAGGUGGUGUGAAGGUCAGGGCUGUACAGACGAGCUAGCUAGCAGGAGCCCUGGAUUGCCUCUGCCAGUGCAUCCACAGAACCGUAACUCACCCACCCACCUAGUCUUUCCCUGUAAAUGACAGUGACUUCUUCCAGGCACCUAUUGCGGCAGCUGAACCACUCCUGUCAUUAUGAACUUAUUUCAGUGGGAUUAAACCAUGACUAACUUAGGCUUCAUUCCUGUAUCCACUUAGCUAGGAAUAAGCCCCAUUGAACUUAAUGGAACUUAGUUUUGAUGCAUAGGAUUGUGGUGUCCUAUGGAUGGAUCCAGUGAAUCAAACUUAAUAGAAAAUUAAUAAAUAUAUAAAUGCUGUUGGGGUGGUUGUUCAUUAUUAUAGUGCGUACGUUUGUGUUUUUAUGUUGUAAGCAACCCAGUGUUCUUCAGAGGGAGGUAUAGAUAGCAAAUAAAUAAGAAACCUGUUUCUUUAAAGUAUCACAGUAUUGUCUUUGCUCAUGGUUCUAUGCCUAAAGGGUGUAUUCUUUAAAGAAACUCAAAAACCAAUAACUAGCCUUUGUUUUCAAGGUUAAGUGCUGUUUGUUUUUAAUUUCAGUACCAAAGAAGUGUCAGAAGGCUCGUGAACACUUUGGUACUGUUAGAACACAGUUGGCCUCUCUGAAAAACAAGUUCCCUGCAGAUCAAUAUUACAGGUUAGUAAAUGUCCACUUUCCUCCUGCCUUUUGUGGUCUUUUUAAUAAUAUUUUAUUCUUUUUUCCAUAUAGAAAGUUACAUUUGUUACUGAGGAAUUUUAAACCAAUCAUUUUAAUAUGGAUGGCUAUGAUUUAUUUCCACUGUUGGAGGCAGCAUGCUUCAGCAUACCAGUUACUAGGAAUCACAAGUGGGGCGGAUGCUAUUGUACCACCACAAGGAUAGGAUUUAGGACUAGAUGGGCCUUUUGUCAGAUCCAGCAGGAGUCUUCUGUUUAAAGUGCCAGGAAUCACUUUCUCUUUCCCCCCCAUGCAGAUUUAAUGAACAUUGGAGAUUUGUGUUACAACGUUUGGUGUUCUUAGCAGCAUUUGUUGUCUACUUGGAGACAGAAACCUUAGUGACUCGGGAAGCUGCUACAGAAAUACUUGGAAGUAAGGAAUUGUUUUUCCACUUAAACACAAUGACUUUUGGCUUUAGCAAGGCUCCCUGUCUAAGAAAUUCAGUAAAAUGUUAACCUAAAUUGGCACGUCAGAAAGCUUCUACAUGUCACUUAGCUUUCCUUCUAAAACCUUUUGACGUAGUUUGACGGUGAAAUAGAGACUAGACCUCUGCUUCAGCUCUGCCAAGGUUCCUUUUUUAACUGAAAAAAUUAGUAACUGUUAGUAAAAAAAGGAGUCCAUAUAUGCACUGCUCGAGAGCUAUGAGUUGGCAGAGUUGCAGGCUCCCUGGAAAGGUAGAAAGUCCACAGUGAAAGACGGGAAUGUGGGAAGAUUAGGUGUACACAUUAAUUGUAUGAAGCUUCUAUACAUUCUUAUUUACUUUGAAGAAGCCACACUUGUAUUCAGUGAGGCUUACUAAAUGUUUAGGAUUACAGCUCUACUCCAGCAGUGUGGACUCUAAACGGCAGCUACUCAUGAGGAUCUUGGGCAGAGGUUUUCCCCAUGAGCCCUGCUACCUGAAAAUCCUUUUAACCAGAGAUGCUAGGGACUGAACCUGGGACCUUCUGCAUGUAAAUAAUGUGGUCGGCCACUGUGCUUUGGAUUUGGUGCUAAGAUAUGUAACCCUACAAUCCUUCCUAGAGUCUGAGAUUAACAUCCAAAGUACUUCUCUGUGUGCACCCACCGAGAGAUGUCAGAGAGUGGCAAUGAGGGAAUGGGCCUUUUCAGUGGUAACCUCAGUUAUAGGAUACUCUCCCCAGGGAAACUCACCUGACACUGGCUUUGUCCUCUUUCAGGCACUAGGUGAAGACAUUUUUAUUCUCCCAGGCAUUUGGACAGCAGCACUGAUGUUGGAACUUUUGGUGGCUACCAGGGUAUACAUCCUGUGUGAAGGGCGUGGAUGCUUUGUGCUGUUUCAGAUUACCUUUUCUUUGGAUGAACACUUUUAGUAUUUUAUAUUUGAAUUGUUUUUGAAUUGAUCAGUGUAAUUAACUAACCAUUAACCUAAAAGGAAGGCCUAAUCUGAAUUGGCACUCCUUUCAUUUUGGAGUCUUCUAACCCUGAUGAUUUGUAUUAUCAGAGUUGAAUCCAAAUCCGUUCAUUCUUUUUGCAGUUGAAUCUGAAAGAGAGAAAGGCUUUCACCUUGACAUUGAGGAUUACCUCUCUGGGGUGUUGACUCUGGCUAGUGAGCUGGUAAGUAAAGAGUAUUGAGAAGUUUUAAAACUAAUGCAGCAUGACUUACCUAGUUGGACUGAAACUAAUAUCCAGGGCCUUGCGUGGACAAAACUAGAGGUUACAUACCAUGGCUCUUUCUUUAAUGAAGUUGCUAGUUGCUCUUUUUCUGCAAAGGGAGGCUUAUGGUUGCAUAUUACUCUACUAAUAGUAAAGGUUUGCAAGAUUGAGGCUUCUUCAUCAAAUAUGCUCUAAAAGCCAGUAUAAUUUAUCCUUUGGAAGGAAGACAAAGUGCUGAAUACCCUGUUCAGAUGCUAAUACUCUUGUGGGACUCCAGUAAGGCCUACCUAACCCGAUUUGGUCUGUGCACGUCUGCUUAUCUUGCACCAUUCUGCUUUCUUCCAUAGGCUAGGUUGGCAGUGAACAGUGUCACAGCUGGAGACUACGCCCGUCCCCUCCGCAUCUCUGCUUUUAUCAACGAGUUGGAUUCCGGAUUCCGCCUUCUCAACCUUAAGAAUGACUCCCUGAGGAAGCGCUACGAUGGCCUCAAGUACGAUGUCAAGAAGAUAGAGGAGGUGGUUUAUGACCUGUCAAUCAGAGGGCUCAACAAGGACUCAAUUGCUAAUGCUGGUGGGGAGAAAUAGAGGAGGGCUUGUUGAACUGAAGCAAUCAUUACCUCAGUCUUGCUGCCAAUGAAGGAGAAGCUUUAACUUGAGCUCUCCAGCAGUAGUUUAGAGGAACCACAAAGCUGCAUACCACUGUUGUUUUUUCCUAAUGGAAUGUUUAGUAUGUCCAAGCAGAAGCACUCAUUCCCCACCCCCCAAGCCCCUCUAGCAGGCGCUGCUUGGAGUCCUAAGUCACCCUGGUGCAAGCAAACUGUCAUCUCUGAACUACAGCUGUUGCUAUCCCAUUAUCCCUGCAGAACCAAGCAUGGGGAUUAUUUUCCCCAUGCAUCACAGCCUUUGUUCAAGCCUCAUCCUUUUUGGAUCUCCACGUCAUUUACAUGUAGCACAGUUUAUGCACACUGCUGCCCUGGGCUCCUUUGUAAUAAAUAAAAGUUCAGUACUUGGCUGCAGCUGAUGUGUAAACAGCUUGUCAAAAAGCAUUCAUUUUCUGCUCAUCUGUGUAAACCAGAUAGAUUGCUGCAUAAAAUCAAGAGUUUAGAACUAGGAUGAUCAGUUCAGUAGAAAUAUUGUUGGGAAUAUAUGUUUUCAAAUAGUCACCAUUAUUAUAGUACACAUAUAUUUGUAUCCUUAAACAUGCUGAUUUUUGCAUUUGGGAAGAGACGUGAAAUAGUCAUUGAAGCUGAACAGUUGCUUGUGGGCAUGUUCCAAGUAUAUAUAUAAGUUUUAAAAAGCAAAUCUUGGAACAUGUUUUAGGUGAUUUUUUGUGGGGGGAGGAGCACAGAUUUCAAGGAGGUAAGUAGUUACGUAACAGGGCGAAGGUGUCUGUGUUCCUUUGAAUUCUAAGUGACCUGUUUCACAUUUCCUUCAUUUUGUAUUUUAUCUUUUUUAUAUAACGUUCUUGGUCCAUCAUGCAGCAAAGAAUGCAUUUGGCCUUAACAAAAAACGGUGACACUUACCUUGAUCCUAAACACAUGUACAUGGAGGCGAGUUGCUUUGUGCAUAGGAGCACAGCUUUUGUAUGUAGGGGGCAGGUGCAAAUCGCUCUUCUUUCACCUCCAUGUGUGUGCUACCUCCACUGUAUUAGUAUUUAACAUCCGUCUUCUGAAUCUGAUUUAUAUGUGCAAAAUUUGUUUCUGCAAUAUACUGUGUUGUUUUGUCUGAGCAUUUUUCAUAUUGUGUGCUGUAUAGGAUCUGUUUUCCCCCUUGCCCUAAAGUUUUCCCUUUGACAAAUAUCACCUCCAAAAGAUAAGAAAAAUAUUUGUACUUUACAAUAUUAGUGGCUGUAAGUAUCUUUUGUUUGUAAAUCUUUGCCUUUUUCUGGUUACGUUUUGGGAUGGGUGGGGGAAAAGUUCAUUGAAAAGCAAAUUCUUCCUUUGUUAACGUGGGUAAAUAAAAGACACUGUUCUUUAAUAUUA